ACUCAUCCAAAUCCAUUGUUGGAAGAGAUUUUGCCAGACGGAACAUCAAUAUAUAAACCUGCUUAUUUGUUACAUGAUCCAAAAGAAGAAAGAAAAGGGCGUUUUUGAUUAAUUUAAAAUUAUAAAUAAUAAUGCAGAAAAUGAUACAACAACAAAGGAAUGAAGCAGAGAUGGAGAAAACUAUUACACUUCAAGAUUAUAUCCAAAUCUGCAGUCAGCUGAGUAAAAAUAUUAAAAGAUCAUUUGGACCUAGAGGCCAAAUAGUGUUUAUUUUGACUUGUACUGGACAAGUUGAAUUUACCACUAAUGGUUUAAAAAUUAUAAACAGUUUACAUAUAUAUGGUCCUAUUGCACAAAUCAUACAACGAAGCUUAGAAAAAUAUCAUAAUAUAACUGGUGAUGGAAGCAAAAUAUUUUUAUUGUUAUUAAAUGAAAUGUUUGUUAAUAUUUUAGAAAUGAAAGAAAGUUUUGGAGAUUCAUAUAGAAUGAAAUUAAUCAAUGGAUUUAAUUCUUUACUCCAUAUCAUAUUGCCAAAAUGUUUUCAAUUAUUAAAAUUCAAAUUUUAUCCUUUUGUUCCAAAAGAUAUUUAUAAAGUUUGUUUUUAUUUGUUAAAAACAUUUUUUAAUGGAAAAUUUGGUACUAUAGUUUCAGAUUAUUUAGCAGAUUUAACAUAUAAAUUUAUAAUUAAGUAUUGUAAAAAUUUGAAUUGUUUAUCUGUUAAAUAUUUAAUUGAUCAUUUUGAUACUGUAUGUACAACAGCAGUAUCAUUAUCUGUUAAUGAUUCUCAGGUUAAGCCUGGGAUUGUUUUAUCUCAAGGCUUUUUAGUUGAUUGUGAAUAUGAAACUACCGAUGAUUUCUUAUUGAAAUUUAUUGUAUAUAUUAAUGAUUCCAAUAAUUCUUUAAAAGAAAGUUCAUUAUUUAUUUCAAAAAAACAAACUGUUAAUAAUUUAUUUCAAGCAACUUAUAAUAAUGAUCUUGCUAUAAUGGAAAUGCUAAGUCAACAUAAUAUUUCUGUGAUCAUAUGUGCUGGUGUAUUCCCUGAUUUAUUAAAAGAAAAAUGCAAACAAUAUAAAAUAUAUGUCAUUGCCAUGGUACCUUUAGAAGAAAUAAAUUAUUUAUUAACCUUGAGUCAAAUUGAACCAGUUCAUAAUAUUUCAAAUCCAAUAAAUGAGAGAAAUUGUAGCAAUUUAAGUUUUGUUAAAAGUAUUCAAGUAGGAAAUAAAAACUGUGCAUAUCUUGGUUUACAAUGUAACCAAAGCAUUGUUGAACCUUAUCAUUUAUUGUUGUGUGGACCAACUGAAAGUAUUUGUAAACAGUAUUCAAAAGAAUGUUUAAAUUGUUUAAAAUUAAUUUAUUGUUGGAGAAGCAAUAGUGAUAAAAAAGAAAACUGCAAUAUUUAUGAUAACAGUAGACAAAAUAAAUUAGAAAAAAUCUUUGCUGAAGAUAUUAAGAGGAUAACACACAAGUUAAGAAUAGAUGGUUGUGAAAAAUUAUCUGAAGAAAAUUCAGAAAAUAUUCUUGCUACAAUUGUACCAGGUGGUGGUUGUUGGGAAAUGUAUUUUCAUUAUAUAUUAGAAAAUUUAAAUCUAUAUAUGUAUCCAUUGGAAGUGUCAACAGUAUGUAAAAUUCUUUCAAAAUCACUUCUUGUUGUUCCUCAAAUUCUUUAUGAAAAUAAUCAAACUAAAAAAAUACAUUUUAUUAAAGUGAUAACAUCAAUAAUUGAACAACUUAAUCUGAAUAAUGUGUGUUAUUUUAACAAAUGGGGCGAGAUACAAUGUAUAAAAGAAGCAACUAUAUUUGAACUUAUUGUAGGGAAAGAGUUACUUAUUUUUUCUGUGAUUGAACUUAUUAUACAAUUGUUACGGGUUGACUGUGUUGCAAAUAUAUAGUAAUGCCUUUAUAUUCAGAAAAUUUUAAAAUUAUAUUCUGUAAAUUAUAUAUUAUUUUAUGACAAUAAAUUUAGACAUAUGAAACUAUAUUUAGUUUUUUAUUAAUAUUAGAAUUCAAGAUUUGUCAUUAAAAAACUUCUCUAAAAUAUUUUUUUUAAAUUGCCAGUAAUCAUUAUAGCAGUAUACUAUCUCAGCUUGCAUCAGAUUUUACAUCACUAUGUUAUUGUUCCAAGUGUUUUUGUAAUCCAGGAACAAAGAGCAAUAAAAAUAGAUGCAAGUCUUUUAUUUAAAAAGACCAGUUUGUGUUCAAACUAAAUAUUCAAUAGUUGAAUUCUAAUAGUUCUUUAGUUUCACAUCUGAAUGGAUGAGGUGGUUAAGAUGUCAGCCUACUGCUCUGGAAUCCAGGACCAAAUCCAUGUGAGCUGCUGCAAGAAUUUUUAUGGAUAAUAAGGUCCAGAUAUGUUGGGCUUUGUCCCUCACUACCCGACCAAACCCAGGAUGAAUAUGGAGAAUGAGUAUGAGAAAGUUCCUCAUAGAACAGAGCAAAACAUUAAAUCUUUUGUGUUUCAUAUCACUCAUCACAUGCAAAUAAAACUUUUUAUAUCCUCUUAUAAUCUGAAAAAUUCAAUAUUUUUAAAGACAUGAAGGAUCAGCAGCUUAUCCUAAGAACAAUUCCAUUGAGAUUUCAAAUUAAAAGUAAUAUUUUGUUUUGUAUCUUUGCAAGGUAUUUUUUUGAAAAACUUUAUGAAAGUUGAUAUUUUAGGAUGUAAAAAAUAAAAAAUAUUUGAAUUUGAUUCUAUUGUUUCUGAUUUGUGAUUAGAAUUCUUUUUCAUCCUUUGU